AUGGGGGUGAUGAUGUUGUUACUAUUAGGUUGUGAACUGACUGGGAAGGCAUUAGGAUGUAAGGAGGGUGAGAGACUGGGGCAGCUUAACGUCAAAGCUGCCUUCAACUUCCCGAAUGGAACCGCUCUUCCAACAUGGCGUGCUGAUAAGGAAGACUGCUGCCAAUGGGAGAGAAUUAACUGCAGCAACAUCCGUAAUACUAUGCAGGUGACGAAGCUCCAACUCUCUGGACUCCCGCAGCCGAGGUCUCUUGAUGCUGGUGCGCUCUUCCCCAGUGGCUUGUGCGAAUUGGCAAGCCUUGAGACGUUGUCUAUCAGUGGAAAUGAACUCGCCGGCAGCAUUCCACGCUGCCUUUUCAACAUGACCACCCUUCAUACCCUCGACCUUUCUUAUAACCAUUUCGGAGGUGCCAUUCCACCUUCACUCUUCUCCAGCCUCAAGUUGCUUGAAUCUCUCUCUCUUUCCGGCAAUGCUUUUGAAGGCUCUUUUUCGUUUUCUUCACUGUUAGUCCUCUUUUGCUUAUCAAACUGCAUUCCCAGCAGCAGACAUGGUUUUGUUCCCAGUUUUCUAAUGGAGCAGCAUGACCUGGAAGUAUUUGAACUCUUCAAUUGUCGCUUGGAGGGACAGUUACCAAGUUGGUUACUGGAGAACAAUACAAAUCUAGGUUACUUUAAUCUGAUGGGUAGCUCUUUCUCGGGUCACUUCAGCUUGAAUUCCAGUCUCACCAAUUAUAACAUGUGGUUGAUCGAUGUGGCCUCCAAUUCUUUGGAAGGAGAGCUCCCUUCCUACUUCAGUUACGUCUUUCCGAAUUUAGGGGAUCUGAAUGUAUCCAGAAAUUCCAUGCAAGGUAGAAUCCCUUCUUCAUUGUGCCACAGCCCCACUGCAAGCAAUUUGAGGAUGUUGGACUUGUCGACUAACAGAUUCAUAGGAGAGCUACCGGAGAAGCUAAUGCGUUGUGAAAUACUAGGAAUCUUGAUUUUGGCAAACAAUAAUUUGAGAGGCCAGGUACUACCAAGAGUGGCAAACCUGUCACUCUUGACUUAUCUAUCCUUGAGCGACAAUCAGUUCUACGGGGAGAUUUCAACAGGGUUGCUCAAUAGCCCAUCCUUAUCAUUUUUGGACAUGAGCAGUAACAACCUGUCGGGGGUCAUACCCGACUGGAUUGGAGAUCUCCAAGAAUUGUCUGUCCUUUCAUUGGCGGAUAAUUCCAUCGAGGGGACUUUGCCAUUGAGCUUCUGCAAGCUGCAGAAACUUGAAUUUUUGAACCUAGCUGGUAAUGAUAUUGGUCCCAGCAUACCUUCCUGCGUCAACGUUUCAGCUCUGAAACACUUGCAUUUGGAAAGAAUGAAUCUCAAAGGAUCACUACCACAGUUUCUUCAAGCUGCUUCCUCAAUAGUGACGCUGAGUCUCUCCAGUAAUGCGUUAUCAGGUGGAAUUCCUUCUUGGAUUGGUUCUCUUUCGACCCUGAGGGUUCUCUUGCUGGCGGGUAAUAGUUUUGAAGGUCUUAUGCCUCAGGAACUAUGCCAGCUCCACAACAUAAGCAUUAUGGAUCUCUCUCACAAUCAUCUUUCUGGAAGAAUUCCUUCAUAUUUCAACAAAUUGGCAUUCGGGAGUUCACAAGUUCCUGAUGGGACAUUUACAAUAUCCGGCUAUGGCUUUACAUGGGCGGUUGUUUUCUCAUUUCCUUACGUCAGUACUCCUCAAGAGGGUGGGGAUGCUGUAGAAGUGCUGUUUACAUCGAAGCAUAGGUUGGAAUCAUAUGGAGGUCGAGUUUUGCCCGUGAUGUCUGGGCUGGACCUCUCUUGCAAUAAUUUGUCCGGCUCCAUUCCCCUCCAACUUGGCAAUUUGAGUGAUAUUCGUUCACUGAACCUCUCUUACAAUCAUUUGAGUGGAUCAAUUCCGGUUACAAUCUCUAACUUGGACCAAAUAGAGUGUCUAGACCUCUCGCACAACAACUUAAGUGGUGAGAUACCACAGCGAUUGAUAGAACUCUACAGGUUAUCGACGUUCAGUGUGGCCUACAACAACCUGUCUGGCCGGACACCGGAGCCGAAAUAUCAAUUCGCGACCUUUUUUAGAGAGAGUUACGAAGGUAACUCCUUUCUCUGUGGGUGGCAAUUGGGGAAUUGCAGGAGUUCGGGGGGAUUGCCGUUAACACCGCCACCUGCAGAGCAUCAAGAGGACAUAUUCAGAACCGCCUUCAGAUGGAGCUUUGCCGGAUCGUAUGCCAUGGCAUUCAUCGGAACUGUCUUUACCCUCUGUCUCAGCUCCUACUUUUGGACUCUCUUCUUUGAUUUCGUUUAUAGGCACAUCCCGUCAUCCUGUGCUUUUAUUGAUAGGCUUUUUCCUAUGCACUGAAUAAGAAGAAAUCCCUGUAUGUCCUCUAAAAUAUCUAUCU